CGCUUGACUACCAUUGCUGCACACAUUGUUGAAGUGAAAGGAAAGUGGACAGCUUGAUCCUGUCUGUGGGAUGCACCGACAGAGUCCUUUGUUAAAUGCUGGAUUCCAAAUGCUGUAAAAGAAUACCGGCAGUGGGAGAGAGAUUGGGUUUUGCUGUGAAGUACCACAAAGCAGAAAGGCUGGCCAGAAGACACAGAUUCAACAACCGUGGUUUUGGCCACAACAGAAAAAAGGGCGUCCACCCCUGCCGCACCAGGGAGAAGAACAAGGCGGCCCAUUGCCGCCACAUUAAAGGAAGCAGUGAGCUGCAUUUGUGGCGUGGGUGGGCAGGUGAGGGUUGAGCUGUGGUCACAACUUUGGGGCUGAGAGCCGAAGUGUGGGAGGGAAGAGGAAGAGGAAAAGGAAAGCGAAGAGGAGGAGUAGGUUGGAGCAGGAGGAGGAAGAGGAGGAGGAAGAGAGGAGGAGUAGUGGGCCUGGGUCUGGAGCCCAAACACAAGCAGGAUGGCGGAGAAGAAAGUUAGCAGCCUCCCUGCUAAGCUGAUUAAUGGGGGCGUGGCAGGCCUGGUUGGUGUGACAUGUGUAUUUCCUAUUGACCUCGCCAAGACCCGCCUACAGAACCAGCAGGGCGUCCAAGUCUACAAAGGAAUGCUCGACUGUCUGACAAAGACGGUGCGCUCAGAGGGCUAUUUUGGAUGCUACAGAGGUGCAGCGGUGAACCUCACUCUUGUUACACCAGAAAAAGCCAUCAAGCUGGCUGCCAAUGAUGUCUUCAGACAGAAGCUUUCGAAGGAUGGGCAUUUGCCCCUAUGGGGGGAGGUUCUGGCAGGGUGUGGGGCCGGGACCUGUCAGGUGGUAGUCACCACUCCCAUGGAGAUGCUUAAGAUCCAGCUGCAGGAUGCAGGAAGGCUCGCUGCCCAGAGGCCUGUUCAGACCCCCGCUCAGACAGCUGCCCCUGGUCCUGCUCCAUCACUGGUGGCCCCCCCACCAGCACCAGCAGGGCGGAGCCCCCCACCCCGGGCCUCGGCCACCGGCAUCACUGUGGAGCUGUUGAAGACCCGUGGGCUGGCUGGCCUCUACAGGGGGGCAGGAGCUACCUUAAUGAGGGAUGUCCCUUUCUCAAUGAUUUACUUCCCACUGUUUGCCAACCUAAACGCACUGGGCCAUGAAAAAGUGGGUGACGUGCAGGCCAGGGCGCCAUUCUGGCAGUCCUUUAUGGCAGGCUGCACCGCGGGCUCUGUGGCAGCUGUGGCUGUAACACCACUGGAUGUUAUAAAGACUCGUCUGCAGACUUUGCAAAAAGGCGAGGGGGAGGACACAUACAGAGGAAUAGUUGACUGCACACGGCGUAUCAUGAUGCGGGAGGGCCCAUCAGCUUUCCUGAAGGGUGCAACAUGUCGCGCUCUGGUCAUCGCUCCUCUAUUUGGCAUUGCGCAGGGUGUCUACUUUCUCGGGGUAGGGGAGGCUCUGCUAGGUUUGCUGGAAUAGCCGUUCUUGGCAUUGGUGGUGGUGGUUGUGUUGUCUCUGCUGCUUUAAUCUGCAGUGUGUGAAUGACACCACUGAGUGAAUACAGAGAGAGGGAAAUACGGCCACAAUCUGCUAACCAAAGGAAAGAGGAAUGGUCUGAGAUAUGAACAGGCGCUAUUUUACUAAUAUGUGGACCAAUGGGUUCACACUAAACGUGUUUCUCUAGGUUUCUACAUGCUGUCGACAGGGUUCCGUAGCUGAAGCAGGGUCCUGUGUGUGUGUGUGUGACUAAUCUGAGGGUAUCUGUCCCAAAUUGUCUGGGUUAUCCCUGCUGCAAUAUGUCUGGGGCUGUUCCUUUCACCUGAGAGAUUAUUCUGUCUGGUUGUUAAGAGAGAGCUGCUGCAUGUUGUUUGAGGCUGCUAACUAAAAUUGCCUACCAAUCUGACCAUUUUUAUGGUCACGAAGAAAAACUGUGCAUCAUCCUACUUAAGUGAUCAAAACAAAAAACAACCCUUUGAAUCUUUAUCAAAAGCUAAGAUUGUUGAGCCAGAUUUCCAGCUCAGACUCCGUUUUGAGCUGGAAAUCUGGCUCAACUUCUAAUAGUCUAGACGGAAUUGUCCAAAAAGUGAAAGUGAGGAGCAUUUAUGGGUACAAGUCGGGAACCGACCUACUUUACUUAUUUAGUAAAAAAAAAAUGGUUCCCAAGCGAAAUUUUGAGUUUUUGACCUUCUCAUUUGCAUAUCAAAAUGGCGG